CCCUCUCGCGACCGUUUCAUAUAGUUAUUAUGUUCGCGGAAAUGAGAUUAUUCGUACUAUUGGUCGUUGUUGUUUCGCAAGUGUCGUGGCUCGUGAGUGUACCGCGCGCGGAUUACGAAAAUUCCCAGCGGAUAUACAACGUGGGCGUUCUUAUGGCGUCCCAUCUUGAUAGCCCGUUUGAUCUUGAGCGAUGCGGUCCGGCAGUCGAUCUGGCACUGACAGAAGUAAAUGAUUUCCUGAGUGUUCACCACGUGCAGCUGCGCAAAGUUCAGGGAAGUUAUCCAUCGUGCAGCGGGGCAAUAGCGCCCGGUUUAGCAGCGGACAUGCAUUUCCAGGAUAACGUGAUCGCUUUCAUCGGGCCAGCUUGCGCAUUUGCUUUGGAACCAGUGGCACGUCUCGCGGCGUAUUGGAACACCCCAAUUAUUACAGGCAUGGGUGAUCAACCCCCCUCAGAAGGCGAGCUGUCGGUCACGUCUGGUAUCCUUGGAAGGAUUCACAAAUGGAAGAAUGAAACCUCGGGAAUCUUCAAAGACAAGAGCAAGUAUCCCACUUUAACAAGAAUGUCGUAUUGCCAAUGUCGAUUGCGACUCGUUUUCUCUAGCGUGUUCAAAGAAUUUGGAUGGUCGCAUGUCGCACUGAUAUUGGACAGAUCGGAUUUGUUUUCGCUAACCGUAGGCAAGAACUUGGAAUAUGGUUUACGAAAAGACGGACUCUUGAAGUUUGUAAGAGAGUUGGACGGAAACUCCGAGGACGAGUCAUAUCACUUUUAUCUACGUGACGCGAGUAUGUAUGCCAGAAACGAAUAUGAGAAAACACCUCGACGCCGCAUCAGAAGCAUAUCGAGGAGACUUGAGAAACCGGAAAAGACGACACCACAGCAGAACCGAGGACGAUCGUCGGAGAUACAAUCAUCAAACGCCUGCUGUCAGCAACACUGGAGCCUACAGUACGUCAGCAUACCGAGCUAA